AUAUAUCAUCCAAAUAUAAAUACCAAUGGCAGUAUAUGUUUAGAUAUUCUUCGGGGUCAGUGGUCUCCCGCCCUAACAAUAUCAAAAGUUCUGCUUUCAAUUUGCUCGUUAUUGACAGACCCCAAUCCAGAUGAUCCUCUAUGCCCAGAUGUUGCACGUCAAUACAAAUCAGAUCGCAAAAAGUAUGAUGAUUUAGCCAGAGAGUGGACACAAAAGUAUGCUAUGUGAGAACGAAGCCAGUUAUUCUACACAAAACAUUUUGAUAAACGUAUUUUCUGCCUCCUUCUUGUACUACUCACUGAUGAAAUAUGUGUUAUUUCCAGUAUCGGUCGAUUUGUCUCAACCCUUGAGUAACUACUUUCUUAUUUGAUUUCUAAUGGUCUGUCAGUUGUGUGUCUGUGAAAACAUUCUUAUGUUUGUUCUGAGUAUUUCUUCUUUAUUUCAACAAGAGUUGUUCCGUUUUUAGUGACAGUUGUCAUUACAGGCUGGUUUACUUAUACAUUUUUUACUUGUUUCAGCAUUUAAUUGUAUCAAUUCACUUCAUGGAAAUUCAUUUCUUGGGCCAUUGCCACUCGUGAUACUCAUCAUCUAAUCUACUGAGAAUCAAGUAGUCUGUUAAUAUUUGAUCAAAGCUAUUAAAACUUGUAUUUAUCC